AUGAACAAAUCGUCGAAAAAAAUCAAAAAAAAGAAAAAUCGAGAAAAAAAAACAAAUCAAAAAAAAGAAAAAAAGAUCAUCGAAAAAUCAAAGGAAAAAAAAUCGAAAAAGAAAAGAAAUCGAAAAGAAAAGAGGAAAGAAAAU